UUGUCAUUUGAGGUCAUCAAACAGAGUCAAUGCCUCAAAAUUUUGCUGAUGGCAUUGGACAAAAUUAAAGAAAAGAAACAACAAAAGGAACAAAGAGUUGUUGAAAGAUUCAUAAUUUCAUUUCCAUUGAAUACCUCCUUCUUCCUUCCCUCCAAACUUUUCCUUCAAAUGAAUAUUUUCUGCCCCUUGAAUUUUUCCCAUAACCUCAUCUUUAAGUCCAGAAAAUGUUUUCUCUUGUAGUUAUCCAAGAAAAUUUUCUUUGAGGUUUUGCCCCCAAAAAAUAUUCAGAAAAGAAAUUUUGAAAGAGAUUUGGAAAUAUCAAAAGGGAGAAAUCAAUGGAGAAUUCGUUGGGAACUGGAGUUGUGGCUGUUUUUGCAGUCUCAGGAAGUGUUGUUCUGCUUGCCUUGAAAGUCCAUAAGCACCUUCUUUCUGAUUUUAUGAAGAAGAUAGAGCUUGAAAUACGACUGGAGAAAGACCAACAAAAGAAGAAGGUGAAGUUCUCGAACGAAGUUGUGAAGUUAGGCGCUUUAAAAAAAAGUGAAGAUGUUGAUAAUAAUCCAAAGAGGAGGUUUCGUCAAGAAAUAUCAGAUAGAGAGAGCAUGGAAUCCAUGCCCUUGAAUCGGCAAGCACUUUACAAAGGGAUCCUCCAAUAUAAAGCCCUCAAAGGCUACACCUAAAUUCAAUUUCCCCUUUGGAGUAGUUCUCUCUUUCCUCUUCCUUCGUGGUGGCGACUUUUUACUUUAUUAUUCAAAACUAGUAUGCAUACCCGCGCAAUGCGCGGAUAAUUGAUAAAUAUAAUCAUGAAUAUACAGGUUUAUUAGAUAAUUUUAUGAUUUAGCAUAUUGUAAAAUAUAUUGUGAAGCUUACAUGAGAAAAUGCUAACUUAGCAUCUCAAAUGGUUAAAUUAGUUAAUACUAAUAAAAAUAUCAAUAUAUAAUCUUCAUUCAUUGUCUAAA